GGCAGACAGUUGUGUGUUUACACUUGUUUCAAUGGCGACCAUCACUGAACUGAAGUGUGCCGUGAGGGAAACGCUGGAGUCCCGCGGUGUGCUGGGCCAGCUGAAGGCUCGCAUCCGGGCCGAGGUGUUCAGCGCCCUGGAUGACCAGCGGGAACCUCGGCCGCCGCUGUCCCACGAAAACCUGCUGAUCAACGAGCUGAUCCGGGAGUACCUGGAGUUCAACAAGUACAGGUACACCGCGUCAGUGCUCACGGCAGAGUCAGGCCAACCUGAUGUUGCCUUGGACAGACAGUUCUUGGCGAAUGAGUUGAAAGUCACAGAGGAUUCGAGCUCCAAGUCUGUACCUCUCCUCUACGGCUUGAUGUGCCACUUCGUGAACAGCGGUGAUACCGGUGGAAAGGUGUUUCUGCGGGGGGGCUCUCUGCCAGCUGCUGCAGGCAACACUGCACCUGGACCCGAUGCCGAAAAGUAGAUGCACAUAGUACUGGCACAGGAUGGACUAAAAAGAUGCCUGCACACACAACAGAAUCUUCUUGUCCAUAGUUUUUUUCCACUGUAUUUCCACCUGAGUGUCAUCUACAGCAUGGACUACACGAAGGCUGCUGAUACACAUUAUAUUUGUUGUGUUUACUGUUUACUCAUGCUGCAAUUUCCUAAAGAUCCCAGAUUACCUUUUUUUUUGUUUAGCGUUGAACAUCUGGCUUCAGUUUCUCAUUUUCUCAAUAGUUGAGAUAAGCUUCCUUGAGUUCUUCUCUAUUUGAAUCUACACAUGUUUUAUACUUUCAUAUUGUCUCAGAUUAAAUAUGUUUAUAUUUA